UCUGCUCUUCACUGGAUUACCAUGACUGGAAAAUUAUUAGUCUUUAUUUUUAUUGCAUAUGCUGCAAAAGAAGUUAGUUCUAUUGUUUUCAAAGACUGUGGGUCAGUCUCGGGAAAGGUUUUAUCGGUAAAUGUAUCAGGAUGCGACAGCGAACCUUGUAUAUUUUAUUCACAGACCAAAGAAACACUUAAUGCAACAUUUACCUCAAAUGUGGCAUCAACAAAACCAACAACGCAAGUAACAGGAAUCAUAGGGGGCGUUCCGAUUUCAUUUCCGGCAGAGAAAAACACUUGUGUCAGUCAGACGAAAUGUCCUAUUCAGCCAGAGCAGCAAAACACAUUUUCUAUCACAGUGAAUGUUUUGAAAGAAUAUCCUCACAUAAGUCUUUUGGUUAAAACAGAAGUUCGGGACGAUACUGGAAAAGAUAUAUUCUGUUUUGUUUUUCCUGCACAAAUAAAACCUAAGCCAUAUUUCUUUUUAUCAUUAUUAUUACAUUUUUACAAUGGACUGCGUUAUAUAGAAUAUUGUGUUGAAUUUGUUUUUGAAUGA